AUGCACUUGCUCUGCAACGAAAAGUAUCUUCUUGAGUUGAUCAGACUCGAAGGACGUGGGGACUACGCAUCCAGGGAAACUUGCCAAGGGCACAGCAAAUGCGCAUCUGAGCAUGGAUAUUAUUGCCAGGAUUGUUUUGGGACAGAGCUCUACUGUCAAGGGUGUAUCGUGAACAGGCACCGCGAAAACCCUUUGCACAAGAUCGAAUUCUGGAAUGGUUCUUUCUUCGAGGAUACCACACUCAAGUAUCUUGGACUCCAUGUCCAGCUUGGCCACCCAGUUGGCGAACAAUGUUUCAACCAUUCCCGUGCCUAUGAUGAUGAUUUUAUCAUUCUCGACAUUAAUGGUAUCUACAAACUCGCCUUAGAUUUUUGUUCAUGUGAGAGUGCACUAAGUCAUAUCAACCAAAUCCUGCGAGCUCGCUGGUAUUCUGCGACCAGCAUAGAUCCAAAAUCAGCGGCAAUGUUCCAUCUUCUCGAACAUUUCCACAUGCUUAUGUUUGAGUCCAAAGCCUCUGCCUUCGAAUAUUGGCAAACACUGGCACGUCUUACUGAUAAUACAGGCAUCAAGCCAUGCAAAGAUUGUUAUGACAGUCUCUUGCGCAAGAUCAAACAAUGGCGUAAUCUUAAGCUUUUGAAGCGAUUCGGCCAAGGUCAUGACCCCGCUGGCAUCAAUGCAACUGAACAGGGGUCAUGUGCCAUGGUUUGUCCUGCCUGCCCCCACCCAGGCAAGAACUUACCAGAAGACUGGAAAGUAGCGCUUCUGGACAAACGGUGGCUGUAUGCACAAUUUCGGGCCAUUGAUGUGAAUUUCCACUUGGCACGUAAGAACAUUUCCUCGGACAGGAUUGACCCUGGUUUGAGUAGAGGAUGGGCUUAUUUCGUUGAGGAGACUGGGUUCAAAGGAUUCCUGACCGAUGUUGGAACAGUACCACAAGAGAAAAGCACAUGUGCUAGAUUGGCUGCAACUGGAGCUGGGACUGUGGAUUGUUCUCGUCACAACUUCAAGCGGCCGUGUGGGGUGGGUGACCUUCAGAAGGGUGAAAAGUAUGUAUUCGAUGAUAUGAAAAUGUUCCUGCUGAUUCUUUAUAUCAUCGUAUUGAACGUGUCAUACGAUAUCGCUUGUCAAUGGAGCAAACACCUAUGGGGCUGGAUGUCAAAAUACCCCUCACGCAUGCACUUCGCGCGUGAUGGUAAAAUCAUGACCUUUCUUGUCCCAAAAUUCCACUUGCCUGCUCACAUCACUAUGUGCCAGGAGAUGUGUCCUGGGGCUUGUCGAGAUACACUGGACAACCAUUUUGGCGACUACAAUUGGAAGAAAGUUACAAACUUUGGUGUUAGUUUGCUGAGCAAAAUCAAGGUUGCAAUUCCCGAACGUGACCGACACCAACAAGAUUUCGAUGACUUUCAUGUUACACUCAUGCAAGAAAGACCAGGUGAGGUAGCAGGGUGGAAAGAAGCUAUCGAAAACUGGGAGGCUGACACGUCCAACAAAAAUCCCUUUGAGACAACAACCAUCACCUUGAUGCAGGCUGCUGUGCACCUGAGACUCUCACAACAGGAAGCCAAAGACCUUGAAAGAGGUUUGAACAAAUCACUACACACGGAGGUGUCACACAGUGUACUCAUUUCAUCAGGAAUGGACCUCGAGGAACAACAAUUUUGGCUGCAGCAAGAUCACAAUGCCCUGAGUAGCCAUCCAACAGACUUGCAGCGGACGAAGCUGCAAGAGUGUUCAAAUGCACUGCUGCGCAAGAUAGAGCAGUGGUGCAAUGUCCAAUUACUCUACAUGCCCGCUGUCGGUCGCUUGCGUGCAUCUGAAAUGGUAGGUGCACAAUCAGCUCACGAGGAGAAGGCCUAUGAAGUCAAGCUUUGGCUACCAUCAAAGCUGAAGGAGGCAGCCGAGAUGUCGUGUGACGAGCAGCUUUGUGAAUAUGAGUGGGAAUUGCGACGUGCACAGGCACACGAAGCUCUCAAUGACAUUCGCCGGCAACUCUGUCUUCACACACAUCUCUACAAGUUCAAGGACACUUACAUUUGGGGGCAAUGGGCCAAUACCAGGGCAUCCGCCAUGCUUGGAAAAGUGGAGCAGACCAUUGGGACAGCUGCUGCUUGGUAUCAUAGGGCCUGGGUGGCAGUCAAGAUGCUGUCAACAGUGCUAGACAGACCAGAUUGGGAGGUAGAAUUGCCUCAGCUGCUGGCGGCUGAUGUUCGCGGGAUGUCAGAGGGAGAUAUUGGCCAAUCCGAGGGAAACCACACACUUUUGUGGAUAUGGAAGGCUCGUGGGGUGGCUGCGAUUGGAGAAGAUGGCGAGGCUGUUUUAUCAGAAGCUUUGCGUAUCAAAUGGUGCAAAUCAAGGGCGUGCACCAAUCGUUGGGAUAAAGAAGUCGAACUCCUUCAAGAGGAGAUGUGGCGCAUAGUCAGCUUUCUUUUGUGGCACGCAGGGUGGUGGGAGGAGCAAGCAAGCUGGAGGAUGGCGCUAGCCGCACCUGAACAGGAGGGUGUCCGUAAAUAUGCAAGGCGCCAGGCUGCUCUUCGGAGGGCCAUGCGAGACAGAUUUCAGGAGAUGUGGAGUGUUGUGCCGGCCCUUCUCCAGUCCCCAUCACCUGCUAUGGAAUCCCCCGCAUCGUAG